AUGCUCGCGCCUUGCUUCCGCAUGCGCAGUAGACCCCUCCUCCAGCACCAACUAUCACAAGCCUGGAGACCAGCACUCCGAACGCCAACGAGACCACUCGCAGUACCUGCUUUCCCACCACGAAGUUCGAGAUGCUAUUCCAAUAAAGCGUCCAAAGCGCAAACGGGCGCUGGCACGACGACGCCCGUUCCUGACAACGCGAAGCCGCCCAAGUCCAAGUUACCUUUCUACUUUGAGGCUGGAUAUGCGCUUUUCGCAAAGAGGCCUUCACGGCCGUUUCCUCCGCCGUUCUUGUCGUUGCCUUCAACGAGUUUCUCUGAACCCCUAAGUACACAUAACAAGAGUAGGGAUCGCCGACCAACUGUAAAUGGGGAGAUGAUAAGAGGGGUUACAAACGGGGACGACGCGGUGCUAGUGAGUGAGAGCUUUAUUGCAGCAAACGAUGGUGUGGGAGCAUGGGCGACGAGAGAAAAGGGACACGCCGCUUUGUGGUCCCGUCUAAUCGCCCAUUUCUGGUCUCUUGAAAUCGAGGGCGCGUCCUACUCCUCCACCUCGCCUCCAAAUCCUGUCACGUACCUCCAGACCGCAUACGAACUUACCAAGCAAGCCACCUCCUCGCCCAACGAAUGGCAUGGCACAACUACUGCCUGUGGAGCGCUUCUCGGAGCGGAUAACGAACAACCGGACCACCCCUUGCUCUACGUGACGCAAUUAGGCGAUUCCCAAAUCCUCGUCAUACGACCAAGUAGCAAGGAAGUCAUCUACAAAACGCAGGAGCAAUGGCACUGGUUUGACUGUCCACGGCAACUGGGUACGAAUAGUCCAGAUACACCAGACAACAAUGCGGUCAUGGAUUGUGUGAAAAUCCGGGAAGAAGACGUCGUUUUGGCGCUGACGGAUGGCGUAGUAGACAAUUUAUGGGAACAUGAAAUUGUUGAAAAUAUCUGCGAAAGCAUGGAGAAGUGGACCGGCGAUAAAGAUAAAGAUACAGAGGACCAGACGUAUGCUGCCGGUAUGCAAUUCGCAGCACAGCAGUUGAUGAAUGCCGCAAGAGAGAUAGCCCAGGAUCCGUUUGCUGAGAGUCCAUAUAUGGAGAAGGCGAUCGAUGAGGGCUUAUCCAUCGAAGGAGGAAAGCUUGACGACAUCAGUGUCGUAGCCGCACAGUGUAAACGGCGCAAAGGAUGA